AUGAGAGCCAGCACCAAACGCUCCAAUCCUUCCAAAGAGGACAGCUCAGUGUCCUCCUCUGAAGAGAAGACGAUUCCAUUUCUGAGGCGAUUGACUGAUAUGUUGCUCGAGAAUGAAGAAUUCAUUAGCUUUGAACCAGGAUGCCACAUCGAUAAGGAUGGCAAGAGGGUUCUCGGCAAGAUUGUCGUCCACGACCGCGUCAAGGUGGAAUCUUCCAUCCUCCCUAGAUACUUUAAUCACUCCUCCUUUGCCUCCCUGCGCCGGCAACUCAACUACUUUGCCUUUACUCGCAUUGGGAAAGGCCGUCAGCGAGGCGCUACCUACUGCAAUGAAGGAGUGGUGGUCUUGGAAGACAUUCUGUCCCUCAAGCGAAGGUCCGUCACGAAUAGCUCCGCGGCCACUGUGGCUGCGGCCAAUGCCGUCAAAAAGGCAACCGCCAAGGAAGAAGCCAUUACUGCUUCCAAGGCUGCCAAAGAGGACAAGCCCAAGAAUAAACCCAACAAACGCAUGCGCCUAACACCACCUGCUAGUACUACCACCAACAGCAAGGUUACCAUCGGUAUCUCCGACUUGGGUACUACUCGCAACGUGACUCAGCAGCAGACACCCACCUGCAGUGUGGUGCCCGCCCUCACUCCUGCCCGUGUCACCCCAGUGGGCCAUCUGACCAACCAGCAGGUCCCACCCAAGAGAAUCUCAUUAGAUCUGACUUCAUCCUCCACCUCGGCCCUCACACCUCCUCAAAAGUCAGUUCCACUCUUGCAGAGUGUCAUCUUCAACACUACCCACCAUCACAAUGUCAUGGAACCUCCAAAACCAACUCCCACUACCGUCUAUGGGGAUGACGACAUCCUCGCUGGUUGUAAGGCUCUCUUGUGUUUCUCGCGAGGCAUUCCUUCUCGCUAA